ACUUCAGAUUGAAAAAAGUGUUAAUGUUUUGCAAUAUACUUUCAAUUAGCUACACUUUGACUGGUUUUAGACAAAUAGUUUUAAAAUCACAAUGUUAUGUCUAUAAUAUAGCGCAUCAAAAUCUCAUUCGAUAACAUUAAGAACGUUUUGCUUAAAAAAAUUUCUACAAAGAAUUAGAAGCAUUUGAAAAUGCAGCUCCUAUCCUUUCCCAUGUUAAAAAAAUUUGUUUUCACGCACAGCGCAAUUCUCUCAGAGAGCCUCCGUCAAGGCGAAUACCAUCGACAAGCCCCCGGGAGCGCGUGCGUUUGUUUACAACCAAGCCAAAAUCAACCAAAAGAAGAUCAAAAAUGAUCCCGAUUUGUAUUAAAAUUUAAAGUGAAAACGUUCGUUGUACUUUUCGGCAUUCCUCGCGAGUGAGUGAUUCAAGUGAUUCCUACAGAAUGGCCCGUGAGAUAUUAACCCUGCAGCUAGGUAACUACGCCAACUACGUCGGCACCCACUGGUGGAACAUUCAGGAGGCCUCGUUCAACUACGAUCCGAAUGGCACCGAUCAGCCGUCGGAGGUCGACCACGAUGUGCUGUACCGGGAGGGCAGGACGCUGACCCGGCAGACCACCUACACCCCACGGAUGUUGCUGGUGGAUCUGAAAGGGACGUUGAAGUUCAUGCCGAAGGAGGGCGAGCUGUAUCAAGCGAACCGCGGUCAGCUGGGGUCCGUCGAGGAGGAAGAGCUCGUGGGUGGGAUUGGUUGGGAUGCAGGAAAGGUGGAAGUGAUCCGGAAAGAUCCGGCAGAGAAAUGUGAAUACCAGCGCGACUUGGUGCAGAGCGAAAACGGCGAGGAUGACGAUGAGGAAGAAAAGGAUUACAAUUUUAAAGACACGGUUCAGGAUUGGAUCGAUUACAGCUAUUCACGGUAUCAUCCGAGAAGUAUUAACAUGGUGAACGAGUACAGUCAUUCGAAGGAAGAGAAUCUGUUCGAUACGAUAACUAACGGGAUGGAGUUGUGGAGGAACUACGACUUUCAGGAUGACAUUACUGAUAAGGUACGGCAGUACGUAGAGGAAUGCGACGGAUGCCAAGGAUUUCAGACGCUUCUGGAUUGCGUCGAUGGAUUCGCUGGGUUGGGGGUCAAAUGUUUAGAACACUUGCAGGACGAGUACGGAAAAGCCAGCUUAGUAUUUCCGCUAGUUCCCCCCAAGAUGCUGAAUUUCAAAAACGCCGAUGAUGUGAUGACCUCAUCGAUCCGAGUGGUCAAUACGGCGCUCUGCUUUUCCAAUCUGAUAGAAUCCUGUUCGCUGUUUGUGCCUCUUUCCACCAUGGGCCGCUGCUGGCGAAAUUUGGAUCAGCCUCGAUCCUUCCCUCAUGUGGCCUACGAGGAUUCAAACUUUUACCAAACAUCGGCCUUGCUUGCCACGUUUCUCGACACAGCAUCCCUGCGGUAUCGCAUGAAAAAUCCUGCCGAAGGAAACUACCUCCCCAGCCUAUGUGGCGACCUGAGCCCCUACGGACGCAAAAUGGCCGCCGCGGGCCUGGCACUUCCCUUCGGCAUGAACAACUCCGAAGAUCUAAUCGAUUUCCUGGACAGCCACGAACAGCAGCUUCACACUCAACUAACUCCCAACGCGAACCUGGGCAAAAAAUAUCCUUUCCAGUCGGUAUCAAUCCGCGGAAUUCCUCGAUCCAAACUGAAACGACCUCCCACGGCCAAGUCCGCUCAACGGCAGCAGCGAAUGGCCGCCUAUCGGUGUGAUUCCGUGAGCGAGAUGAUCCAAUUCUACUACCAAUGUCAACUGCAUGCCAGCCUGUCGCACGUGACGGCUUGCGGUGCACCGAUGGACCUGCGGACGCCGUUUCCCAACGAACUCCUCCAGUCGCGGGUUGGUUGCGACGGGUUCCUGCACGAGUUCGAUCUAGGCGUGAAGCAAAAAGUAAUUUCUACUCCCACGCUGGCGGUGAUACAAUCGUCCGGCGACCUGGCGGACAGUUUGGACAGCCUGCACCGAGAGGUAAGUCGAAUCAAAAUUGCGAAACUUUCCCGCUUCGCCGAGAGCGGCCUCGAACAGGAGGACUACAAGGAAAGCCUGGAGCGACUGUUGGACUUCAAGGAGAAGUACGACGACAAUUAUGAACUUUAGUGAGUUUUAUUUCGUGAUACAUAAGAAUAUUAAUACAGAGAACUAACAUAACUAG